GUGGUAGUGAUGUAGUAGAAAGAAUGUCCAGGAAGUCCUUGGGGUUCCCGCCUGGGGUGGGGGUGGAGUUGGGGGGGACCCAAUCUCAGACUGAGGCUAGGGGAGGAGAAGACCAUCAAGGGUUGCCAGUCCAGCAUCUGACUGCCCUUAGCUGCCUAAGGCCUCCAACUGGGCCCUUUCCUUUUUCCGGCCUCCGGUGAAACCAGAUGGUUGGACUAUGGUAGGUCCUCCUGGUCCCCCAACCCCCAAUGGGAUCUGUGGACGUUUCUCAAGGCCGGUAACUUUGUUGUGACUGCAUCCGGGUACUGCAUGCUGCUUGGAGUUCAGCAGGAAGAAGGCCGAGGUCAUCCCGGCCAGCACAAAGCCUUUGGUUGGGGUGGGCCUGAGGCCUAGGGCGAGCUGCGCUGAAACACCUCUCUGUUCUCCGAGCUCGGAUAGCGCCCAGAUCAUUAGGGGUUGGUUUGGUGCAAUUUUGGGGCUCCCCCUGGGUAUCCUGUGGUAUGAGUGGCACAAGAGGGACCCAAGGCCAGGUCUAAAGCAGUGGCUCAGACACUAUUUCAUCUAAGAAAUUCUCUGUGCUUUGGGGAUUGAGAGCUGCUGCAGACCCUUGUUGCCUGGCCCCAGCAAGGCACUCCUGGUCUCCCCCUUCAGCACACACUGAAACAUUCUAGCCCACUGGCAACUGGGGGGUAUCAGGGCAGCAAGCUGGAUCUCUGCUGCAUAAAGAGAGGAAUUACAGCUCUAAAUAUUCUAGUCUAAAGUCAUUCAGUCCUAAAACCACCCCCCUUCUCCAUCCUCCUCCAAUAAAAUAAAUACAGCAGAUACAACUACUCAGGCUUUCCUUUCAGUAAACUUAACUGAGGUCAAGAAACGCAGUUUAGUCUCUGACAACCACAGGUGCUUGUGAGUCCUCUGGUGGCUUCCUCCUGGCAUAGACUACUGGCCUGGUAAAUCCUAGGCUAAGAAGAGCUGGCUGGAUUUUCCUAAGGUGGGACAAAAGAAGUCUACCAUAGACUGUCAGGAGGGCCAAGCUGUAUUCCUCACAAGAAGCCUUGGAGAUAAGGCUAUUUAUCGAUGUCCGGAGAGGGAAUUUUGGGCCAGAUCAAUUCACCUGGAAUAUGUGAUCCCUUUGCCCCUUGGGAACCUGCCUGUGCUGUUGGGGUGGAAUUAAUCAGAAGGUAUAAAUGUGCCAUAGUGGAGCUUGAGCUCAGCUGGGAUUGCAGUGCACAUUGUUUGUCACUCACAUAGAACGGUAGGCUGAGGCACCUGUGCUUGACUGGAUGGUGCUGGUGGUAAUAGAGAAGUAGAGAGCCAGAACCUCCCUUGUGUCUUUCUCCAGAACCUGAUAUAUUUUGGGUGCGUUUCAUCAGCUGAAGGGAAACUAAGAUUGCUCAUAUACUUUCUAUUCAUUUCCAGUGGCCUGGGUGUCUUGGCUGUGGUAUUCUGUGGAUAUAGAACUUUUGUCUCUGCUGUAAUUGUAAACUUGGUUUCAACCGUUUCUGCAGCUUGUGCACACCAAGUUUUAGAAAAUGUUGUCAUUUCCAGACAGUGUGGGACUGUGGGACCCAGAACAGCGUGCAGUCUGAAUCUGUAUUCUCUGUAGGCUGCAGGGGUUGGUGGCAAUUGAGCCAAGUUCUGUAGGUAGAGGACUGUAGUCUCACUUCUGGGGUGAAAGGCAGGGUUCCAAGAUGGACUCUGGUCCAGAGCAUUGCUGUGGUCGAAUAGGAGCUUGCUGGCUGUGAUGAAUUAAUUAGAUGACUUACCUUGAAGCUUUAUUGCACCUUUGGUAAUCUGUUCCACUUUAAAAAUACCCCAGUUAUAUAAUUCUGAGAAUUGAACCCUAUUUAAUAGUAAUUUAUAAAGCUUAUUGAAUUCAUUUUUUUAUUAUUAAAACAACUCACAAGCUUCCUCAAACUCUGAAUCCUAGGUCUCCUGGACCAUGCUGUAGCAGCUGGUGGAGGGUGGUUGGUUCCAUGUGGAUGAAGCCAGGUGGUGGGAGAACUCUAGCUUGCUUGUGGGAAGCAGAGUGGUCUUCGUGGAAUAUGGUUGUGGGGAAAGAGGGAGUUUCUAGCAUAUAUAUUCCAGCGUAUAUAUGAGAAUAGCGCAGUUAAAGUGGGAUCAGAGUCCCAUAAACCAAGGUGUGUGUGGGGGUGGAGGGCUGGAAGAGUUCAGGGCCUCAUUGAAACCUCCUCCUGAUUUUGGAAGAGAGGCCAGACCCCAUGUCCUCAGAAGCGCUCUGAACUGCCUUAGCCAGGCCUUCCUUGCAGUGACCACACUUCUCUGAGUCCAGCCAAGGAAAAUUCUGUGGAGUCGGGGUGGUGGUGCCAGGAUCAGCGUCUUUCCUUAGUAAUCGCUCCUCUACCUGAGAAAUAAAACAGCACCUCGCAGAAUAAAUACAAGGUGGAUGUGCUCAGCACCGUUAGACAGUCAGACAUCCUUCAGAGCUGGUGAAUUUGUGUGUAUGGGGCGGGUGGAGCUGGUUCCUCUGGAUUAUUUUCUGCCAGCUCCAGAGGAGUGGACCCAAGUCCCUGUAGCUUGCAUUCCUUACUUCCACCUCCACCAGGUUUCUGGGUGAUGUGUGUGGGGUGUACGUGCGGGGCUGUAAGGUGGGGGGUGUUGCUAAGAGGUGGAAACCACCCCACCCCUUUCUGACAGAUUCCCCGCCAAAAGCAAAAGCAGGAGGGUGGGGGCGGGAAGAGAACGGUCGGGGGUUGUUCCCUCCUCUUCCCUUGUGGCUAAGGGGGUCGGGGCAACUUUCUUUCUCCUCUUUGCAUUUCCUUCCUCCUUUUAUUCCCUUUGGUUUUUCUAUCGCGGGCAGUAUUCCUUUUCUUCCGAUGUUUCUGCUGUCUUUCUCUUUGUCUUUCCUUUUGGCGCUCAGUCUCUGUGCUCCAGAGACGGCACCCCCUUUCCCCAGUCCGCAGAGACCCCCUUUCCCUCCGGCUAGGGGGCAGCCGGUCUUCAGGCCCCGAGGGCCGAGCUUUGUGUCCACGUGGCGCUAAGUUUCUCCGCCUCAGCGCGUGAGUCCCUCCGCAGUGGCCGGGGCGGCUGUCGGAGCUGGCGUCCGCUUGUCUGUCCGUCUGCCCGCAGGAUGACCGAGAGGCCGCCCAGCGAGGCGGCACGCAGUGACCCCCAGCUAGAGGGACGGGACAUUGCAUCUUUGAACGUGAGGGAGGCGAAUGUGUGCAGUGCGUGCGCGCGCGCGCGCGCGCGUGUGUGUGUGUGUGUCUGUGUGUGUGUGAAUUUCCCUUAUAUCAGGUUUCAGUGUGAAGGGAGCAGGAUUGCCUUCCAGGGUUGGGGGACUCAAAAACACGCAAGAGGAUCCCUAAGAAGUUCCCUUCUCUCUGCCCCAUAUAUAAUCUUGGCAUCUGCCUGCUCCCUCCGCAGCGGGUUCUUUGGGGAGCCUGAUGCCUUCCCUAUGUUCACCGCAAACAACCGAGUGAAGAGGAGACCCUCUCCCUAUGAGAUGGAGAUUACAGACGGUCCCCACACCAAAGUUGUGCGGCGGAUCUUCACCAACAGCCGGGAGAGAUGGCGGCAGCAGAAUGUGAACGGGGCAUUUGCCGAGCUGCGCAAGCUGAUUCCCACACAUCCCCCAGACAAGAAGCUCAGCAAGAAUGAGAUCCUUCGCCUGGCUAUGAAGUACAUCAACUUCCUGGCCAAACUACUUAAUGACCAGGAGGAGGAGGGCACCCAACGGGCCAAGCCUGGCAAGGACCCUGUGGGGGGAGGUGGUGGGGGUGGGACAGGGGGUGGAGCACCCCCUGAUGACCUCCUGCAGGAUGUGCUUUCCCCUAACUCCAGCUGUGGCAGCUCCCUGGAUGGUGCAGCUAGCCCGGACAGCUACACAGAGGAGCCGGCACCCAAGCACACAGCCCACAGCCUCCAUCCUGCCCUGAUGCCCGCCACUGAUGGGGCUGGCCCCCGGUGAUGGGUCUGGGGCAUUGAGGACUGGCCAGCAGGGGUCCCUUAGGCCACUGGGGUAGUGGACAUCAGGGCAGGUGGGAUGGAGAAGCAGGGCAACGGAUUCUUGAUGAACUUCCCUUGAAGUCUGAUCUUUGGGAAGCCCUAACUGUCCCAGGUCCUAGCUAUCCCUGCUCAGUAGGAAAUUCUGAUUCCUGCCUCAGUAGGAGAACAGGAAAAUGGAGCAAAGUGGUAGGUACUUUUUCUGAAGAUGGCACGGUUUCCCCUCUCUCCACAAUCCCUAAGAAUUCCCAAGUAAGAGGCUUAAGUGUCACUGCUUUUGUCCUGAAGUUUGGGAACCCUGUCUUUACCGGGACCUGGGGUUAUCAGCUGUCACCUGAGGCAUCCAGGGAUCCUCUGACUUGCCUUUAGCCCCUCCUGAGUUGGCUGGGGUGGCUUUUAUGGCCACUUCUGUCAAAUAAAUAGGUACCCAAUAGCUGCCCAUUUCUUGAGCCUUGUCUCCGCCCAGACCUGUGUUGGUCCAUCCAGCUUGCCAGCUGCUGCGGGGAGUCCCAAGCCCCGAGGUGCCUUCUUCAGGGCCUGGUUAAAGAAGAUGGCCAGUGGACAGACUGCUCUCACCUGGGCCAGAGGGGCAGCAAACCCAGGAGCCCUUACUUUUUGCCCUGGGGAUCAGAGCUCUGCUUUCCGCGUACUGAGACUUGCCUUCUUGUCCUGCAGCUAUUGGAACUGAGCGUACAGCCUUGAAUAUACCCUAUUGGGGUUGUAUAAAGGCAGAGAAAGGGAAAAUGAUAUUAGAGAGAAACAGAGUAAGAAAUAUUUUGGGCAUGUGGGCUUCAACUCCUACCAGUCACUGUUCGUGCCACGGAGCAAAUGCCAGUAUGCUAUCGGGCACCGGUUGGUGCUGAGAUGUGAGGCCUGUGUGUGUUCUUCGAGAUGCUUGGAGGGAGUUAGUUCCCUGCUGCAACAUGUCUGUCUGUUUUUGGUCUGAUCUCUCUUCUGAAUUGAGCAUAGACUCUGUCCUAUGACUUUUUUUGUAUUUGGAAUAUUUGCUUGACUUCUGUUAUUGGUGGAAUCUUUAGGUCUUGAUACAGCCCCACCUGUAGAAGUGAUUAGGGAGUCCAGCCAGAGGCCAGGCCCUGCUAAGAGCCCAACAUAUGCACAUUCAUGUAGCAGAACCUUAAGUACCCUUUGAUUGUGCAGCUUUAGGUCAUCGGGUGUGUAUGGUGUGGGAGGCUGGUUUAAUUCAAUAGGAGUGCCCACUCCGAAAGUUGUACGUGAAAUUCAUGUAAAUCAAAUUUUCAUUCUUCAUCUUUUACAGAAAUAACUACUGAAAGUCCUUUUGUAAAGUGAAUCAUUUUGUAAAGUGGACCACUGUUUUCUUGCCUCCUCUGUCAAUUCAGACAGUGGGACAUGGUUGGUUCCUUUCCCCUUUCCUUUCCUUUCCUUUUUUUUUUUUUUUUCUUGUGAUGGAGUCUUGCUAUGUA